AUCAGCUGUUUUGUACGUUCUACAUACUGAUCUGAGGAUCAGCUGUAGGCAGCAAUAAAUAGGAGGAGAAACGAUAGCGCAGGCUCGAAAAGCUGCAGAUGUUAUGAUCUGAAACACUGGUGUAAUAAUUUACACGAAGCUCUUCUUCUGAGAAGAAAGCCUUUUAUUUUUAUACGAUGGUGUUUUAACUACCUCUCUUAAAGGCUAUCUAAAGCUAUGCUUUAAAAAUUGUAGUUCCUACUGUGUGUGAUCUCGUUUACAACUUGAAUAAUAUUGCAAAGGCAGGCCUUUGCUCCAAACCAAGUGAACCCUUACAUUUGCACAACUGAGGCCCACGCUACCUUCAUCCAAACCAAGAUUCAGCAAAGGGCUCUGAGUCAAAGCAAAGUCAAAUAAUAAUAAUAAUACACCGCUACAAGUCUUACGUGAAAACGAAUACCAUUCAAAGGCAGCUAUAGCUUUUUAUUUCUUCUUAUUUUUUGCUCAUCGAGUCUUCAAAACUUAAGGCCGAGCCGUCAUGUUUCAACGUCUGAGCAACUUGUUGUUCGGAGAGGUAGACGAAGUGGCAGCUGAACUGAAGGGACCUAAUCCCUGUGUGACAGAGGCCGACGAGGAAGGAUGGAUGCUUGUCAACCUGCCUGACGAGUCUGGCUGCAUGAUGCCAGCCGACGCUGAGACGCAAGCCCAAUUUACUAUUGCAUAUCCAAUCUCAGACAGUAACCAAUCAAACCUGGAAGAUGUUCAAACACGGACUGAAUCCCUAACUUCUAUUCCCCGCUUACCAAACAAGCGAAGGAGGACACGUAGCGGCCGGGCGCAGGGGGCAAUAUUACCGACAGACCCCGCGGCUAGUCCGAACCCAUCAAACACGGGCGUCACUACAUUGUCAAGACGGGCCAGACGGUCCACAGCCUCCUCGACUUCUCAGUCGACUUCUCCUGCUGGGAGCGAGUGUGGGGGCAGCGGGGAUAGCAGUAGGGCAGGCUCAGAGAGAGGCUGCAUGGAUGAGAGCUGGUUUGUCACCCCUCCCCCCUGUUUUACUGCAGAAGGAGCCACGGCGGAGGCGAGCCCCAUGGAGGACCUGCUCAUCGAGCACCCCAGCAUGUCUGUGUAUGUCUUGCCGAGCAACCUGUCCAUGGUCUCCAAUGGCAACCUCUCGGUGGUGGCCGAGGAAAGCAUUGUGAGCAUGGCGAGUAGCGUGAGCCGAGUGGCCGAGCCAGCUGCUGCUCCAGCCACCCACACCCCUGGGCCAUUCAGGGUGAGUUUUGGACCUUAUGUCCAGCCUAAGGUCGCCCACGUGGCCAGAGUCCAGCGCAGCAAAACUCGCAUGGAAAGGCGCCACCUGAGCCGCAACCGCAUCCAACGCCAAAACCGCACCAGGGAGCAGAUCCCCCGCCACGCAAGUCACGCUCGAAACACCUUCAUGCACCAGCCUAGCAAGCGUAACUUCUGCCACUAGACUCCCGAGAAACUGGGGGCCAUCAUCUAUUCUGAGGGCAUUAGCAGAGCAUAGUCUACCCUCUACGCCGACUUCUUUCGCCAACAGAAAUUCUGUCUAAUUGAGUUUGUAAUACACUUUAGACUAAUUGGAUUCUUUCUAUUUUGCAGUUAAGCCCUCAGAGUGGAACGGAAUAGAUCUUACCUGUAUCUUCUGCCGUGUCUAAAAAAAAAAGCAACAAAAUGUUCAUAAAAGUUGAAGUCAGUAAGAAGCUUUGUUCAUUUUCUCUUUUUCAGUAAACUGUCUUGGACUCUUUCAAGACCAAGGCAUUUUUUUUCAACAUUUAACAUGAACGAUCUUCUCUGACUGAACAGAAAAGAAAAUCGUGGGAACUUUGCAUGACUGCAACGUGACUGAACUUGAUUCGCACAGAAAGCAGCUCAUCACAUCCUCAUAGCUUUGUUAAUAUAUCUGCAUGAACAUUUUAGUUUUGUCCAGAAAAAACAGAAAUGGAUGGAUAUACCAUGUGUGAUGAUUGUGGAAUGAUAAGCGCAAUGAAAUUGAUUUUAUAUAUUUAUUGGAGCAAACCAAAUUUAACAUGGUAACGGAACAUUGUGUGAGUCCUCACGUCGCACUUUGAGAGCGGUGAGCGCAAGUAGGCGAUGGUGCGAGCGUGAGAGCAAAAUACACUAAAGAGUAAAUGGAAUGAAGCAGCGACUUAGACGCAAUGGCUGAGAGUAAGAAGAAAAGCAAAGCGUGAAGUGUUGUAGAGCAUUCAGAAUUUAAAUGUGUUGAUGUCGAACAAAUGUACAAGUUAAGUUAGCUUUUUAAUCGAAAAAUAUUUACAGGCUCAUGAUAUUUUCAGUAAAAUAAUUGAAGACAGACCUUGCGCGUGGGUUGCAUGAUAUGACGAGAUAUAGUAAGUGUGCAGAGACCGGUAUUGGUGGUACAAUUCUUUAGUUUGUUUUGCAGUCUGCAAGGUUCCACCAAUAUCAAUCUGUUCACGAAGACAAGAUCAAUGCAUUAAAACUUGGCACAUGGCAUGAUAAUGACCAUUCAAUUGUGUGGCGAAUGUGCCAGCAGAAGCAAUGUGCCCAGCGCACACCAGCCACAGUGUGCGCUGUGAUUCUCCACUUUUACGAAACAAAAAAAAGCAAAUGUGAUGGCUUUCCUUUUUUUUCUUUCUUUUUUGCUUUAAGAAAACUAAUCUAAAACUUGGAUUAGGUCUUUUGAACAUCACCACCCGCUGUUUGUUCCUGUCUGCUCACCAAAUUCUUAUCAUUGUCCAACUAGAGGUUCAGCUUAAUGAUAUGUAUGAAACAAUAUUAAACAAUGGUGCUGAAGUGUAAAAUAAUGUUUGUACAUUAUUGGAGACAUGGAUGUAUGUUUGCACUGUCAUUCAUUUUUGUGAGUCAAGAGUUUUAGUGGUGUGCUGUGUGCUUGUGUUUUUCUUUUGUGACCCUUUCAUUGGUCCCCCCACCCCAAAAAAAAACAUUCGUUAUGAUAGUCCUUUAUUAUGCUUGUAAAUAUUUUUAGUGCUUUGUUGGAUGUCAAAGCUCCCUGUGACCUGAGGUGAAUGCUCUCUGCAUCCCUUUGCCGCUCCUUAUCAAAAUGGAAAGGGCUGCAUCCUUGCCCCCCAUUUGAGUCGCAUCUUACUGAGGAGCACAAUGAAAAUCACUCCAGGCUGAGAGUCGAUGUUCCGUAGGCUUGCUUACACUGCCUCCCAGAAGGUCCGCUUGGACUUUUGAGAGGAUGGUCACAUGGCUGUAGUGCAAUCUGUUUUGCUGUGUUCAAAAGAAUUGGGGGCGAACCGGUGAUUCAUUCGCAUUCUUUGGAAAGCGAAUGGGAGUUGUUUUUUUAACCAAGUAAUUUAAUUGUUCUUUUUAAUCCCCUACCAAAAUUGUUGUUUCAUAAACUAAUCUCAUAAAAAAGGUUUCUUAAAAUAUGAUAGUCCCCCCCUCCCCCGUUUACGAUACAGUAUGUGUUGUGCAGGGUAUAGAUAUGAAAUGACAAUGCACAACUGAAUUAUUGAUGAGCUCACAGAUCUAUGUGUGCAAGAGUGUGGGCAAAUGUAUGUGCAUGCAUGUAAAAUGCAAAGCUCAAGCCAUGUGUCCUGCUUAUUUUUAUUUGUUUUGUUUCCACGUCUGUUGUCAUGUAGGAAGAAAAUGUGAACGAUGUGUUGUGUGUAAGCUUCGGAAAGUGUGCAUUCAGAGUAAAAGACGGAGUGGUCAUACAAUGUGGCGAACUCUUUUGAUUAGGGAAAAUGGAGAGGUAAACGAUGAGGCAGGAUACCGUUUCUAUUUAAAGAAAUCAAAUUAUCUAUCUGUGUCAUAUAUGCUUGUAUUUUUCUGUACAGUAAUUAGAGCUAGGAUGUUUUAAAGGAAUGUCUGGGGAGUUUCUGAUGUUUAUGUUGUGCCCUGAAUGAUGGCACCUUCCCAACACCUGGGCUUUGGCCCAUGUUACAUCUCAAGUAGAACACACCUCCCCAUGACAGAAAUAUUUAGACACACAAAAUGUAGUGUAUCUGAUAGCUAUGGUUAUUGUGCCUUUCACUUUUUUCUGCAUGGUUUUUGUGAUUUCUUCCCCCCCUUAUCCCUAAAGUGGACAGUUGUUCACGGACAGGCAAAACCUAUGCAAAAUGAACUCAUGAGUAUUCCAGCAUCUGUUCAGAAAAUACAGGUACCCACCCAACAAUCCACUCUUGAAACAAUACAAUAAAUGCUCAGGUUAA